CUAGUUUUCCCACCAAAUUCAAAUUACUCUGCAAAAGAAACAUACGGAACAAUUCCGGAGCUGGGUAAAGCUACAAUAACACUGAUGAGAGCUAAUACGAAAUGUGCUGAAGAGAAGAUGACGGUGCAGUAUGCUGCCAUGUCACAAGGACAAACUGAUCCAGCAGCUAGUUUCGCAUCCGGCACUGCCACUGGAGAAUUCAUUGGCGAAACUGUCGUUCGCUUGUCACCAAUAUCAUAG